UUGACCCUCAUUGCAUUGGUUUGUUGUGUCUGUCAGCCAACAAAAAAAAUAUUUUAAUAGCUGAUACUGAAGUGUAUGUGCCCCACAAGCAGUGGACAAUGUCUACUCGGGCUCUGCGAAGGCUCCGAGGGAAACAGCGCGGCCAGGAGGCCUUGGACGUCGGGGAUCUAACUUUGGGUGACAGCUCGGAGGAGCAGGCUGCGGGUGAAGAAGAGCAGCUGGACGUUUCACCCCCGUCCACCAGGAAAGGCAACAGCCGAAAGGCAAAGAAAAACAAGGCUCAGAAAAACUUCAGCAACAUUUACGAAUUGAUAGGUGAUGCAGACAACGAGGCAGAGAAAAUCUCACCUGAUGAAGAGACAGAGAAACCAGAUGGAAAUAAAACAAGCGCAGAGGAAAAGAAUGAUAACAGAGAUAUUGAGAAACCAGAACAAAAGCAAGAGGAGGCAUCUACAAAGUCUUUGACUGGAGACAGAGUUAGAAAGAAGAAGAAGAAGAAGAAGACUAAAGUGACAUCAGAAGAUGGACAGGAUGAUAACAUUGAUUUAUUGCUGGAGAACCUGGAGCAAUCCAGUGGUCUAAGUUUGCAAAAUGAGGAUUGUGGAGGCUUCGACAGAAGAACUCUGCUACAUGUGGAGCACAGGAAUCUCAACCCAGAGACGGAGCUGAAAAGAUAUUUUGGUGCUCGAGCUGUUCAAGGGGAUCAAAGACCUCGUCAGAGAAACAGACAGUUUCACCGCAGCAGCUGGAUGACCAAUCCUAAGGAGAGCUGGCCUCGCUUUAGCCGCCCAGGAAUCUCAAUGACCUUACUGCAGUCAAAGGAUGGCAUUAAGUACUUCACCUUUGAGCACGGCCGGGACUACCAACAAGUACAGUUCAAGUUCCUGGAUGCUGUCGAGUCCAUGGAUCCCAGUAAUAUUGUGGCCCUGUUACAGCUUAAUCCCUACCACAUUGAUUCCUUGCUGCAGCUCUCUGAUGUCUGCCGCAUUCAGGAGGAUCAGGAGAUGGCCAGGGACCUCAUUGAGAGGGCCUUGUACAGCUUUGAGUGUGCUUUUCACCCUUUAUUCAGUCUGACCUCAGGUACCAGCAGACUUGAUUAUAUGAGACCAGAGAACAGGGCUUUUUAUCUGGCUCUUUAUAAGCACAUGAUGUUCCUGGAGAAGAGAGGAUGCCCACGGACGGCUUUGGAAUACUGCAAACUGAUCCUGAGUUUGGACCCAGACUCUGACCCACUUUGCAUGCUGCUGCUCAUUGAUUUCCUGAUGCUGCGUUCCAGAGAGUACCAACCUCUCCUUCAGUUAUAUCAGGACUGGGAGGAGCACAGAAAUCUGUCCCAGCUGCCAAACUUUGCAUUCUCCACUGCACUUUGCCAUUUUCAUCUCAGUCAACAGGAAGAUAUGGAUCCUGAAGAAAGUGACAAACAACGACACAAAGCUGACCUGAUGCUGCAGAACGCUCUCAUCAUGUUCCCUGGAGUUUUGAUGCCUCUAUUGGAUCUGUGUACUGUUCAGCCAGAUGCAGCAGUCACUGCGCAUGCCUUCUUUGGCCCAAGGAGUCAGAUAGGGCAGCCCCCAGCCCUGACUGAACUGACUGCACUGUAUGUGGGGAGAACUUGCAGCAUGUGGAGAGAGGCAGCAGUAAUGCUGUGGUUGGAAGAGUCUGUGAAAGAGGCGCUGCGUCGAGUUGAUGCCAAAGACCCAGUGGUAGAGGACUGCCAAAACAAGAGAAAACAGAGGUACCAGAGUGCUCCAAGGAACAUUCAUCGUCAUGUCCUCCUCUCUGAGAUCAAAGAAGCCACCUCGAGUCUGCCUCUAGAGGUGACCAGUCAGCCUGUGAUGGGCUUUGACCCUCUGCCUCCUCUGGACUCAGUGAUAUCAUAUACCCGACCAGAGAGGCAGCAUGUUGGUGCGUCCAAUGAGAGUACAUUGUCGCUGUUUUUCCGAUCAUUGCUGCCAAACUUCAACCUCCAGGGUGGACUGAGGCAGGAGGACGACAUGGAAGUGGCUCGAGCCGGUCAGGAGCUGAACCAGGAAGUGAAUCGUCUCAUGGUUGCAAUGAGGGACAUGCUGGCAAACAUCAGGUUUCAAGAGCCGCCGAGAGAGGACAACCCCUACAGAGACGAGGAGGAAUGGGACUGAGAGAGGAGGGAGGCAGAGGUGGAAUUUUAAGUGUGACAAAGAAGAGGAAUCAAAGAUACUUAAUAAAUUUAAUGACAUUAAGAAAAAUGACAAUAUUUAAUGGUGUUUAUAAUACUUAAAAAGAGAUGGAGUGGGACAGCUGAAUAGUUUUUUUUUUUAAUUGUCACAGUUUUAGAAUACUGAAAUGAAAGAAGGAGAUUUGCCUUAGUGGCAUUGAUUUAAAAAAAAAAAGUACUCUGGGCCAAUCCAGACAGUCGUUAACAUGGAGAACUUUAUUCCAGAGUCACAACACAGAUUGGUUAGUUGAGUCUACCAUGUCUGUAAAGUUGACGGUGUUAUUUAUAAUACUUUCCAACAUCUCCAGUUGCAGCACUAACACAUAACGGGUGCUUUCUUCAUUCUUCGUCCUCUGGUUUGAGAGAGUGAUUUAGGCCAUCAGCUCUCGUCUCGUCAAAAUGCAUUAAACUUUGAUCCAGACAAGCAGUUUUAAUCUAGUUAAUCUGUUUUUGCGAAGGGAAUAUUAAGAUCUUUUGUUGGGAUUAUGUGUUGGAGCUAUUCAGAUCGUCUCACCCCUCCAUUUAGAUUUUCAGGCAUUUUUAUUUCAAAGAAACAGACUUUUGUUCAGUUUUGACCAACUGCUGAGAUACACCAGCCAACUGGUCAGAGGAACUUGUGUUGAGUUUUUCAGUGACGCAUUUUUGAAGAAGCGCUGUCAUCAUAAUCAUCUUGAACAGAGUUUACUCUGAUGUAUAAAAUAUGAAAUAAAAGCAUAAAUUAGGAAAGAUUGUUUAUACAUUGCAGCUGCGUUUAUGUACUCCUCAGACCUCUGUGCUUUCCUACCACCAUAUGCUAAAAAGUUGCGAAAUAUGGCAAGGGACUCUGAAAAGGGAGGGAACUGACAUAUAAGGCAUAUGAAUUCAUUUAAGUUGAAAAACAAUACCACUAACUGCAUCACAGUGGUUUAACAAAGUUGCUUCAAAUUCAGUCAUUUCUGAUGGGAAAAAUAAUCCCCUGUCCAGUGAGAUCCUGUUGGGGCUGAUAUUUUGUUUCUCUUGUGACCUGUUGUGGAUACAUUCAUUCGUUAAGUUCCUGCUAAUUUUCACCAAUUACUGAAUCGGAACACAUCACUUUGCUGGGAAUCUGCUCCUCAUUCUUAUCAACAACUAAAUAAGUUGGUUAUAUGGUUAUUCUUCUGACGUGUCACUUUUUCAUUGGAAAACUGCUGUUUAAGAAUCCAAUCACACGUGUUUUUUUUCUUUUGUGUAGGUCUUAUCAUUACUGCAGUGUGUCUGCUGUUUUCCUGCUCUGAUGUGCUGAUUUAUGUACUCCACCCAAUAAAACAGCACAGACAGAUGGCCUGAAUUUUUCCAGUAGUCUGCUGCGGUGCAUCAAUUUAUAUUCAGUGCAGGAAUAUGCCAGAUAUUUUAUACAUUUAGCCUAAAUUCACUUAAAUAUUACACUCUCAGUUGGAUACUCAUGACCUCACUCUGAUACUCUUUCACUGCACUUAAAAUCUGUUGUUUGUCAUAAUUAGAUGCUGAGAUGUUUCAGUCUGACAGUCUGCAAAGGUCUUGCAUGGUUUCCGUCUGGCAGAAGGAAGAAUCUGUCUCAUGAUGUUCUUAUUUUCCCCUCCUGUCAAACCUCUUACACGAAACGAAGUCACAUAAGCAGACCAGUUGCAGCUCUUGUUUGUGUUAGGGAGCUGUUUUCUGUCUCUCUUUGCUCUAUGGUUGCAAUUAGCAUUCCAGAUUGCCAUUAAAGAUAUAUUG